AAAUCUAUUGUUAUUGAACUUGACAUAUUUUAGAAUACUCUAAAAUCCACAGUUAUUGAAAAUAUUUUAAAUUGUGGAGUUUUAAAAUUUUUAGGUGAUUUUAUGAUGUUUGGGUGGAAUUUCUUAGUUAAAAAAUAAAAAUAAAACUCAAAUCCCAUAGUUUUAUUUUAUAUUCUAGAAUGGUUUAACAAAAAUUACUUAAAUCUCUGUAACUUCAUUAAAAUCAAAUCACCUCUAAUGUUAUAUUGAAUACACCCCUCCUUUGUUUUUUCUUCUUUUCACUAUACAAUUAAAUCAAUUGUUUUCUACUCUGUGAAUGUGCGAAUGAUUUGAUCUUGUAAAGUCAAAAUUUUAAUUGAACCAAUUAUCUAUAUUAAUAUUAUAUAAGUAAAAAAAAUUAAGUACUUUCUGUUAAUCUUCUAUCACUUAGAAGUUAGAACUAGAAGUAAUUACAUUAGAAGUAAUAGCGUCAUUGGAUUAAUUGAAAGUCUAUUGCAUGCCACGAAAGAACAUUAAUAUUUUGUCUCUAUGACUGUGCUAGUUGAUUUCAGUAAGGUUCCGCUCUUUCACCCUAUAUUCUUCGACUGUUUUUUGUGUGGAUGUUUUGUCACGUUUGUUUGGAUUAUCCUAAUUGUUCUAUAUAUAUAUAGAUAUUUGUUUUGCGUUAGCCUAAGAAUGGUUAGACACGAAUAUUCUUUUAAAUGAUGCUUUGUAAUUGAACUGUCAUUUAUUAGACCUAUACAGUAUAUAAGAAGUAAAGAAAAAAAAAUCUGUAAUCAUAACACUCCAACGAGAGUUAUCAUUAUAACAAGUUGUUGGAUACUUGAAACCAUAAUCGUUGGAAUGUUAAGCCUUAAAGGAAUAGUUGUGUCGAGGAAAAAAAACACAUAUAGAGGAUAUUCAAAUAUCAAUAAAAAUAAAAUCAUGAAGAUUGUUGGAAGAAAAAAAACACAGAAGCACAAAAAAUAUCAAGGAAAAAAACAAAAAGAGAGCACAAAAAAUAUCUUCUUUGCAUAUCGAUUGUGUCCAUUAUUUUCUAGAUGGUUGACAAAAAAUGCCCAUCUUUGUUUAUUCAUGGAAGUUAAUAGUUACAUACCGGUUGCCCUACACAACACAAAACAGCCACACACUCGCACAAAGUUUAAAAAGAAUUAAUAAAUUUAUAGUAUUUGAUAACGAGUGAAGAGUCAAAAGAAAUUUCUUGUGGGGUCAACAGGACACGUGUAAUAUUAUUAGUGAAUAAAAACAGCGCAUACACAAGCCGUGGGAUCGCUUAGCUGUGUCAUGUCCACUUGUCAUUCCAGGAACCAGAAACUCCGUGUUCGCCUCUACUUCCAAAGGCCUCUACAUCCAAAGGCCUAUAAACACCAACUCUCACUCCCAACUUUUGAUCGAACUACAAACUUUAGAAUCCACCUGAGAGAUAAAUUAAACAUUUAUCAAACCAACGAAACAUAGAUCUUUGUAGUUACUUAUCCAGUUAUUUUUUAUUUAUUUAAAAAAAGUUUUCAACAAUGACCUCAUUUUCUACCUUUUCUGAAAUGUUGGGCUCCGAGUAUGAGUCUCCGGUUACAUUAGGCGGAGAGUAUUGUCCGAAGCUGGCCGCGAGCUGUCCGAAGAAACCAGCCGGUCGUAAGAAGUUUCGGGAGACGCGUCACCCAGUUUAUAGAGGAGUUCGUCUGAGAAACUCAGGUAAAUGGGUGUGUGAAGUGAGGGAGCCAAACAAGAAAUCCAGGAUUUGGCUCGGUACUUUCUUAACCGCCGAGAUCGCAGCUCGUGCUCACGACGUCGCCGCCAUAGCCCUCCGCGGCAAAUCAGCUUGUCUCAAUUUUGCUGACUCGGCUUGGCGGCUCCGUAUCCCGGAGACAACAUGCCCCAAGGAGAUUCAGAAGGCGGCUGCUGAAGCCGCCUUGGCUUUUCAGGCUGAGAUAAAUAAUACGACGACGGAUCAUGGCCUGGACAUGGAGGAGACGAUCGUGGAGGCUAUUUUCACGGAGGAAAACAACGAUGUGUUUUAUAUGGACGAGGAGUCCAUGUUAGAGAUGCCGGCCUUGUUGGCUAGUAUGGCGGAAGGAAUGCUUUUGCCGCCGCCGUCCGUACAUUUCGGACAUAACUAUGACUUUGACGGAGAUGCUGACGUGUCCCUUUGGAGUUAUUAGUGCAAAGUUUUUUUUUCAAUUUUUUCGUAUAAUACUUCUUUUGGAUUUUCGGAUUCUGCCUUUUUAUGGGAAUCUUUUUUUUUUUGGUAAUGUGGAAGCUGAGUGUGAAUGUUUAAACAAUUGUGUUAUCAAAUGCUAGUAUUUUUUUGUGCAGCAUAAUCAUCUUAUUGGCUCUCCUCUGCAAGAAAGAAAUUUCAAUUUGAAGACUUUGAACCAACAAAAAAAAAAUUAAUUGACAAACAACUUUCUGACUUCUGAGACAUCUAAAAAUAAUAAAAGCUCAUUCUCCUCCGGUUCUCAUUGCAGAUGUUUCAUAGUUGGUACUUGGUAAAUAUUAAAUAGGAAAAGUCCAGGCAAUUCGGUAAAUAUGAAAAGUUUAUAGAUCUUUUGUGAAUACCAAGUCAUGAAAACUACUUCAUUCAUGUAGUUAUUACUUUUUAGCAAAAGUUAUGGGGUAUCUAAUGAAUAGUCAAAGUCAUGUGCAUUAUUAUGGAUAGCAGAAAAUAAAGGGAUACCUCGUGUGGUAAUCUUAGCAGAUAUCAAAAGUUAGGUACGCUUAAGAAUAUCAAAACUUCCGGAUUAUUUUGUGUGCGUGUGAUUGUGUGUGAAUAGAACAAGUAUAUGCAUUACAUAAAGGGAAUUUGCACUAGAUAACAAAAAAAGGAUAUAAAUUAGCUAACAGGUAAUGGUACUGUAUAAAUUGUGGUAAUACCAAGCGUGCCCCUAAUAUACGACCUGUUACACGUUACACGUGAACUGAACACACUGUUUAUUACCACAAAUGCAAAGAACUGAGGAGAGAAAGAGAGAGAGAGUGUGUGAUAAUAAUGCAAAGAAUCAAGAAUGCUCAACUACUAUUUUUAUUUUCUGCAAAAAUCCAAAGCGCUUAGAUACAUUUUAUAUGUUAAAAGAUCGUCUCGUUUUAAAAAGUAAAACUCAUUCUCUAGUUGUGUCUAAAAUUUAUAGAAUUUAUAACCGGUUAUAGGACUGAUGUUUCGGUUUUAUAGAAUUUAUAACCGGUUACUGAUUCCAAUAUGAACUUCAUGCAACAUAUGUAUCUAAUAUAGGAUCGCAAUAAAUUAUUGCUCCUAAAUCCGGUUUCAAUAUUUAUGUACGCCAACUAUGUCAAAUUAUAACCGGUAGCUCCUAAUAUACGACCUGUUACACGUUACACGUGAGCUGAACACACUGUUAAUUACCACAAAUGCAAAGAACUGAGGAGAGAAAAAGAGAGAGAGAGAGAGAGAGAGUGAUAAUAAUGCAAAGAAUCAAGAAUGUUCAACUACUAUUUUUCUUUCCUACAAAAACCCAAAGCACUUAGAUACAUUUUAUAUGUUAAAAGAUCGUCUCGUUCUAAAAAGUUAAACUCAUUCUCUAGUUGUGUCUAAAAUUUAUAGAAUUUAUAACCGGUUAUAGAUCUGAUGUUUCGGUUUUAUAGAAUUUAUAACCGGUUACUGAUUUUAAUAUGAACUUCAUGCAACAUAUGUGUCUAAUAUAGGAUCGCAAUAAAUUAUUGCUCCUAAAUCCGGUUUCAAUAUGUAUGUACGUCAACUAUGUCAAAUUAUAACCGGUUUUCUACAUAUAUUGCUCUUCCUCUCCACUUGCAAUCAAAAUACAUUUUGUUCUUCAACCCCGGUAACAGGUAAACAUUUUCGUCUCAGUUCGAGGAGAAUAUUGGCAGCACAGAACAAUUGUUACAUGGUUAUGCAAAUAUUUAAAAAUAAUGCAUAGAUCUGCAAUUACCACAAGGAAUUUGUAUAUUCAGCUAAAUAGGCCUUACAUAAAUAAGUUUUUUUUUUUUUUUGUAAACAUUACAUAAAUAAGUUUCAAAAUUUUUUUGUAAGUAGCAGUGUUUUUAUUGCAAAAAUAGAAAAUGAUAUGUGAAGUACUUAGAGCAUCCAAAAUAUCUAACCAUAUACAGUAAUAGUAUUACUAUUCUUUUAAAAAUAACCAUUUGAUUAAAUUUAAUUGAAAUGAAAGUUUUUUAACUUAUAGAAUGACAUUUGUAAUGAGUAUCUCCAAUUAUUUUUUUGUUGAAUAUCUCAAAUGACCCUUCCCACUUUUCUACAUAUUCUUUUUUUUUUUAAAUAUUUUUAAUUGUUUUAAUGUUGAGAAUCUCUGCAAUAAAUUUAUAUAACACUUAGAGCAGCAAUAUCGAUAAAUAUGGUGAGAAAUUUAAAAGAAAAAAAAAUAUUUUAACUCUAGAAACAUUAAUAAAGUGACAGUCGUUGCUUUAAUAUUUCAAUCGGUUCUAAACCUCUUUAGUUUAAGAACUUUUGCUUUUUUCUUAAAAUACUUUUAUGAUUUUAUCUUUUUUUUAUGUUAAGAACUUCUUAGAAUAUCAGUGUUGGAGCUGCUCUUAGGUAAUUAAAAAAGUUUCGGAUGCUUAAUCAAAUAAUAAUAAAAUCUGAGGCCAUUUGGUAAAUAAUACAAAAACGUGGGUACAUUUUCAAAUAGCAGAAGUUGGAAAAUAUCUCUGAGCACUUCCGUAAGUGGUAAACGUCUUGAUGACAGCUAAAAACUACAGUCGAUGCAUGCUACUACUUAUAUCGCUCGAUUUUUAAAAACAUAAUCCGAUAAACGAAACGGGUGUUCACACCUCAAAUCAUAUCCAUAACCCAAACCUUUUCUUUGAAGGAAAAUAAACUCCACAUCUUCACGAAUCAAGUGCUCAUCAUGUAUUUGUUAUUGACAAAAAGUUCCUGAGACCUCUAAAAUAAAAAGUUUAGUUACUAGCAAAAUCUGUAUGCAUUAUUAGCAUAUUAUGGAUAACAUAUAUAUGGGAACUUCUAUGAAUAGAUAAAGACUUGAAGACGAAUAUCAAAACUUCUGGAUUUUGUUUGUGAAUAGUAAAAGUAUGGGCACUAUAUAUAAGUAGUUUCAGCUGCUUUUUGUAAAUAACAAAAGUAAUAGCUACCUAAAUAAAUUCAAAGUUCAAAUACUUCAGUAGAUAGCAGAAAACGCUCUGAAGUACUUUGGUAAUAGAAAAUUAUGGUACAUUUUUAAAUAGCAAAAGUUGCAGAUAUUUUGUUUUUGAAUAGCAAAAGAUCUCUCUGCAUACCCGUGAGUGGUAUAAGUUUGAUGACAACUGAAGACUAAAACUGUUGGUACUAUUUUAGAUCUUUUAAUGCAAACCAGGAAAACAAAACGUGGGUUCACAUAUCACAUCGAAUCAAUAACCCAAACCUUUUCUCUGGAGUAAUUUUUACAAAAACAAGCUAAUACACAGUGCCGUGCGAUCGUUUAGGAGGCUAAGACAAAUUUUUCUUAAAAAUUAUUUACGACUAUACUGAAACACUUUUCUAAUAUAUCAUCUUCACCAAAUACACAAUUUUAAAAUUGUAAAGAUAAGUUUAGUAUGUCAAAAUGCUUUAAUUAUACUAUAUAAAAAAAAUAGUUGAAUUCAGAAUGUGAGUUUGUGAAAAGGUUAUUACAAAAAUAGUCAAAACCAUUAAACUAGAAACUAUUUUAAUUUUAGGGCCCCAAAUAAAACUAUUAAUCAGAGUUUGAAACGAAUGCCUUUAUUAAUACAUUAUAAGCACGGCUCUGUUCAUACAUCAUGGAAUCAAUUGCUCAGAUAUUUGUUAGUAUUCUAUGAGAAGUAUUUGUGCUGACUAAGAAACCAAAAGUAAAUUUGAUUACUGACAGAAUUAUAUUAGUGUGACAAGCUUUAUGUACUUGUAAAUGAAAGAUCGAUACAAAUGUAUACACAACUUUAAGCUUUUGAUACUCACUGGUCUAGGAGUGGACUCUUUAGGGUCUGGGAACGGGGUCACGUCGGUAGCUUAUGUUCUUUAACCUCCUUUUUAUAUAGAGCAAAUGUCAUUUUUGACGUGUGGAAGUUAUGUCUCGUGUUCUCUAUAACCACCAUAUUUACAAGAAUGAAAACUAAACAAAAAAAAAAACUUUUUAUUUUUGCCUUGACAUGAUCUGACUUUCAUAUCCACUAUUAAAUUUUUCUUUGCAUUCAGUUUGGCAAGGGGAGAUCCACUAUUUUUAGCUACUUGGGCGACUUAUUUUGACCAAAACUUCUAGCGUUUUGUUGCUGUCAUUUAAUAUUUACCAGAUGGUCCAGUUGCAUCUAAAUCUUCAUUUUUUUGAAGUUAUGUUCCUCUCCGGAGAGUUGUACUUCUCAAAACCUUUAAGGCCUACCUCAAAGUCACUUUAUGGUCCUAAAUUUCCCUCAGCUCUGGUUCACUAAGAAGUACUUAUUCGAGAAGUUUAUGAGGUUUAAGAUGAGGAGAUUAUACGUAGAACGAUGUUUCUAUAAGAUCGUCUAUGAGUUCCUAAAGGGGGUUAGAACUCUUCUUUUCGAGUUAUUGUGUGCUUUCGGGGGAAUGUGUGAGUUUAGUUACUUUUUUACACAUACCUUUUUUUGAUCAACUCCUACGUACACGUACCUUCUUUUCGAAGAUCUUACUCCCUAUUAUAGAAAAACUCGCAUGCUUUUUUUCUCACGGGUCGGCUCAUAUCUCCAUUUGGUCAUUUUCACUUAUGUUAGCCACUCUUCUAUCGAUCAUGUAUCACACGUGGAAAUAGUCCAUACAUAUGAAAUGAGUCCCAACAAUACAUAGAGUACUUCUGAUUCUGAAAGGUACCUUCAAAAAGUUUUAGAUGAUCCUCACAUCUUCAAAUUGACUCUUCGGAUGGGUGUCAACGCGAAUGACAUUAAAAAUUAUUUGUCAUUAGAAGUUUCCAAAAGUAGAGUAUUUAACCGAAAUAACCGUUUUUAGCAAACCGUGAAUUUAAUAGAAACCCACACGGUUAAUCCAAAACAAGAAAGAUGGGCCCUUACUCCUAACAAUAGAGGUCGUGGGCACGUCAAAAUAUCUUAGCACCGUGGCUUAACAGCGUAAAACACCAUCCCUACCACUGGUCCCCUAGGUGGUUCCACUGUCAGUUCCGUACAAUAUAUGACAUGUGCCACAUCACUUUCAAGCUUUACUUUCCUUUUAAGAAAAACAUAUUAUUUGUGUAAUUUUAUUCACAUCACCACUAAGACCAUCAUUAUCGCUAGUUCUUAGGUGGGGUUUUAAGCCCAAAUUUUAAUUAAAAAAAUUAAAAAAAAAAAUUUUGGUAAGAGGUGGGUGUCUAGAAAGCUUACGGAAGAACCAACUCUAACUUCGCCUUUUCGUCUUUCUCUCUCCCUUUCACACAGAAUCUCUUCUCAAACCAAAUUCAGGGAAAAUCCUUUCACACAGAAUCUCUUCUCAAACCAAAUUCAGGGAAAAUCAACCUCGACAGAGAAGAUCUCUUCUUCUUCUUUGCCUCUGUGGCAGUGUUUGCGCAGACCGCGAUGGACGACAAUAACUCCGUCUACGUCGGAGGUCUCCCUUACGACAUCACCGAUGAAGCUCUCCCUUACGCAUACAAGGAAAAAGUUUAUGAGAAUUCACAUGGUUUUGAGAGGAGAGAUGAUGAUGUGUUGGAUAGGAAUGGUUACAAGGAGAAAGUUUUUGGAGGUGGAGAAGAAGAAGAUUGGCGUGGGAAAAGUGGUCCCAUUAAAAAUAUUAAAAAAUUAUUAAAAAUUUCUAAAUGUCUCUUAGGGAUAAUCAUGCUCUAAUCCUCCCCCUCUUCUAUUUGUGUCGUCUUGUUUUUCUCCCAAUAUGUCAAUAUUAACGUGAGAGUUGAGACUGACUAGCAACGAGAGAGACGUUUAUUUUUGUCAGCGAAUAUCUGUUAGGAAGAUACUCUAUUGAGAUAUUAUUUUUGGUUUUGGUUGUGAAAAUAGUGAUCUUUUUUUUUUUUUUGCAUUUUGAAAAUAGUAAUCUUGUGGGUCAUAUUUCUUUAGGUCCUCCUUGAUAUUAAAAAUUCCACACUCAAGUACUCAACCCCUAAACUUGAUACAUUGGUUCCUACAUAACAUAAAGAAAAAGAUGAUAUGAUCGCAUAGAGGAAGUUGAGAAAACUGAAAGCGUUCUAAAAGACGAUUCCAAAAUACGAUUCUUUAUGCAUCGCGUAAAGCAUACACAGUACACUGAGCUAGCAAAUCAAAUGAAUAUUUUCAAAGCGAACAGGUUUAGAGUUACGGUGCAUUAAAUGUCUAAUGUUACAUUUAGGCGUCGAGUUUUACCAUUACACGGUAAAUAUGGGAAUAGAUGGAUUCACCGUCCAACCAAGGCGAGCCGAUCACCACUUUUUUUUUUGCCACGGUGUCCUAUUUUUCGGAUGUUGCUUGAAUCCCCAUGCAAAGACAUUUUCAAGCUCAAAACCUCAGCGCAAUAACCGAACUAUUUGGAUGUAUAAACGAAUAGUCGUAAAUGUAAAUCAUUUGGAUGCAGCAUCUAAAUAAAGAUGUUAAAUGGACAAACGAACAACUUUUUAGUACCAUACACAUAAAAAAGAAAAAAAAACCUUCCAUUCUUUUUGUUGGUCGAAAAUCUUCCAUUCAUCUUUGAUUCCUUCAAGUUGCUUAAAAUCCCAUGCAAAAGACAUUUCUUAUCUUCUCAACUUCUUUUAAGGAUCUUGUUGUAUUUAUUGUUAUGAUCCCUUCCAUCAUCUCAAAUAUCGCUCUCACUCGCAGUUUCCCAUUCCGGUUUCAUUUCCACACUGAAAUAAGACAUUCGAUGGCCGUGUACCACCAAUCAUCAGAAGACCAAGCAAUAUUACACCAGUGGUUCCAUCAUUCCCGAACAUGCGUUACACUUUAUAAGCUGAAGAAAAGAGCACUGCAACUGGCCCGCCCAUUCCUCUGCUUUUCUUGACUCAAUCUCAACACUUCCUAUGCCUCGUGUCAGUAGAUGGUAAUGCUAACUCAACUGUCUAUCCGGAUUCUGGUAAAAAAUGAGAGUAAACUAUCUUCAACGAGCUCAUAGCCAGCUGAAUAAGCACGGACCACCACGAUGUGGUUACCUUUAGAAAGUGAGGACCCAUUCAAAAGUUUUAUAAUAAUGUCUACAAACCUGACUCUGCUCACGAGUCUCGAGUCAGAACUUCGAGCUUAGCACACAUAGUUUGAUUCAUUACUAAGAUCAAUUCUGAAGCUGGACGACAUAUUUGAGUGUGGAGAUGCGAAUUCUCCUAUUUCCAAAUGGCAUACACACAUGUUUGGAAAGCUAACCUUAGAGUUGUUUUUUUCAACCAUCUAUAAUACCAUCAUCAAGCACAUUAUAUCACAUUUUAAUCAUGGAAGACAACAGCAGAUCUUCAGAAAACUGCCAUUUCACUAUUUUUAUGUAGAGUUUUAAUAAUCUGUAAUAAUAAUAAUAAUAAUAAUAAUAAUAUGGCUGACAAAUAAUUUUUGGAGAUUGAAGCAUGGCCAGUGGUUUCAAGAACAUAACUAGCUAUUAAAUUAAGGAGUGUGGACAUGCUCUGCAUCAGAACUAGCCGAGUCAAAAUGGGAAUAUAUUAAUGAUUUAAAUCAUUUUGCUUGAAAAUAUAGUAACAAGCCCGUCUAGCUCAGUUGGUAGAGCGCAAGGCUCUUAACCUUGUGGUCGUGGGUUCGAGCCCCACGGUGGGCGAUUUGUUUACGCUUUUUAUUUUAAUCUAUGAUUUGAUAAUGGGUUUCUUUUCCUGGGCCUAGUCCCCUUUCUCAAUUCUGUAUGCCCUAUUUUUAGAAAAAAAACUAGUCUCAUUGCACUCCUCUCCAAAACUACAAGCUUGGUUUUAUUACAGAUAAUAAUUACAGAAAGAUAUGGGGAAAGACCAUCCAGCUCACUUUUUUUUUUGGUAAAAUGUUAAAUUUAUUAUACCAAAUUUUUAGUUUUUGAAAGAAAAUAUAAAGGGAACAAGUAGCGAAAGAACAUAAAUGAAACUAAACUAAUCUAAAUAGAGCAUCUACCAACAAAGAAGCUUAACUAAAAACAGAACAUGAUAAUAGAGAGACCGGAACAAAGCGGAGCAGUGACAGACCAAAGAAGAGGUAUGAACGGACUGAGCUCCCGGUUGCCACGAGCGACCGGAGAGAAAAGAGCCCUCAAACCUUGAAGCACCGAGAACUUACAGCUUCCAAUAGAUCCAAUCAUCAACACCUGCACAAAGAAUCACAUCUCGACACCGCGAGUCUUUCCAAAAUCGCCUCACCGGCAGCACAAGGAAGAGUCCACAACCAGCGAUGCCGUCGUGCGAGCUGGUAACCGGAGAAUGCUGCCUCCAAUCCACCAAACCUGGGACCGUUACACCCAUUUAACACACAGCUCAUAUAGAGCAAUGAGACGGGUUGGGCACAAAUCCUCCGGAGUGACAACCUUCAGAGUAACACGAGGACCGAAAACCCAAGUACGCCCAAUCUACUCGCUGAUCCAGACCGCUAUCAAAAAAGCCAAAUCACAGGAAGAUGACGAAAGGUUAGAGAGACGGAGGCGAGGAGCGCCACACCGUCGACCCCACACCACCAAGGAGGAGCGCCAAGAACCCCACACGCCUUGACCAUCCAGCUCAGUUGGUAGAGUGCAAGGCUCUUAACUUUGGGGUCGUGGGUUCAAAUACCAUAGUGGGCGAUUUAUUUUACACUUUUUUUUUGGAAUCUUAGCACACUAGAUGGACACUUCCACUAAUAAUAACAAAUCAAAACUUGAAAAUACGGGGAAAGACCAUCUAGUUCAUUUGGUAGAGGGCAAGGUUCUUAACCUUGGGGUCGUGGGUUCAAAUACCAUAGUGGGCGAUUAAUUUUACAUUUUUUUAUUAGAAUAUUAGCACACUAGAUCGACACUUCCACUGAUAAUAACAUACCAAAACUUUGAAUUUAUACAGAUUCGUCACGCAUGAUCACCAUCAAACUGAGCAUAAUUUUGACGAGGUGUGCUGGCAAUAGCAGGGAUCAAUCUCAUAAGUUGUAGUUCAACAGUUGUAUAUCUCAUAUAUAUUACAUACAUUUUUAUAAAUAUUAUUUUUACGUAUAAAAUAAAAUGAACAACUUAAAUCGAAGAAGAUUAACUUAACAUGAAAAACAAAUGUUAGACAUCAACAAUGUUACAUUAAACAUAUUUAAUACAAA